UUCUUGCAAAUGGUGGAUUGAUUUCUGUGAGUGGAUCGCAAAUGGUUGCCACAGCAGCAAAACAUCAUUCAACUCCAGUUGUAGUGUGUACCGGUUUGUACAAAUUAUCGCCUUUGUAUCCGUAUGAUGAAGAUUCAUUUAAUGAUCUUGUGGCUCCGGAUCCAAUCUUGAGUUUUGAAGAAGGAGAUUUAAUUGAUAAAGCUACAUUUUUAAAUCCUUAUUAUGAUUAUGUUUCACCUGGACUUGUUAGUAUUUUCGUAACAAAUACUGGCGGACAUCCUCCAUCAUAUUUAUAUAGACUUAUAAAUGAAAAUUACGACCCAGAAGAUACUAUCAUAUAA